AUGGGACGACGCAGAUCCAGACUUCAAGAGCGUGCACGCGGCUGCUUAGCCGUCCGAUCUACAUUGGACAGCUCAAGAAAAAACGAGCCACUCGUGGACGCGCCGAAAAUUGUUAGUCCACAUGAGCCGGAAACGACCGACAACUCUCAGGAUUGGGCUCUCUCAACAAAAAAAAAGCAUUAUCACGAUGGGCCAGGAUGUCUCUCGCCGGCAGCGGCAGCGGCAGCGGCUCUGGCGCGGCGGCGACGUGGACACCGGCGUUCUGCACCAUCGUGGAAGCCGACACACUCGACUUCUCGUACCUCGCCUGCUCGGCCCGCGGCGUCCGCGCGCCACGCGACGCCUCCUCCUGCGGCGCGCGUGUGCCAGCUGCUCCUCUCCGUCGCCACCCACGACCUCGUCUUCCCCGUCAUGCUCUUCGACCGCGCCGCGCGCACGCUGAUCGGGUGCCACGCCGACGAGCUGGCCCGAUUCUUCGCCGCGGCGGACACCAUGCGUGGGGAGAUGUGCCGCAUGGCGCUGCGCGAGCCCGCGAAUGGGAAGGGCGGCGAGCACCUCCCCGCCGUGUCCGUCGUCCCGAUGAUCCGCGACGGGUUCCGCCCGUUCGUCGAUGCCCUCAGGACGUUGUACCCGCGCGGCUGACUGAUCCCCUUCGUCGCCGCGCCGCCAUGGCUUCUAAGUGUUCGAUGAAACGCUUCCAUCUUAUGGCGCGUUCUGUAUUCGUCGAUGAUCUCUGUCAAGCUCUCCUUUUCUGGCAGAUUAGGGUCGAACUCUCUCAUGAGCAUGUUAUCUUUUAUUUAUCUGAUUAUAAAUGGUUUAGCUUGUCGCUGUCGAUAGCAGUGUCCACCAUUCCAUACCAGGAAAGAAUAUCGAAACUAUUUCUUCUUCGCA